AUGCCGUCGGAUGUACAUUCGUCCCAGAGGCGGUCGGCGCCUUUGGUGGUGCUAUCCGGUGGUCUCGUUUCUCAUGUGCACACCGUCAUGGGCUUCUUGGCCUUCCUUGGUGCACUUUUCACCGCACUCUCGCUGCACUACCACAAGGUGGUGAAGAAUCACGUCGCACAGUAUCCAGACGAAUGGUGGCCAUCCGUGUCUGCCACCAUCGGCGACUGGUACCCCGAGCGCAACAUCUUCCAAGUAGGCAUCGCUCUCAUGGCAGGACCUCGCUUUGCCCUCGUCUUGCUCUCGGCGCUGCUCGUCUCGCUGUCCAUUACGAAUAGGUCUCCCAAAGCUUCGAUACUGCUCUUCGUAGGCAUUCUCAGGACUCUGGCUUGCGGAGGUUGGGUGUAUGUCACCAGCACCGACGACCAUCUUGUGCAUGACAUUGCCAUGUUUGUCUACCUCGCGCUCACACCACCGUGGAUGUUCAUCACCAGCGGUAGCCUUGCUCAGCCACCUUCGGUCAAGAACCCGGCCAAGUCGGACGACAGACUCGCAUCAAAAGCGCGAAAGAUGCGCAGGAUUGCAUGCUUCUCGUUCUUUGCCUGCACACCCUUCAUGGGCUUCUUCUUCUACCGACACAAUGCGCUACGCAUCCCUGGCGCCUACUCUUACUACGCCUACUUUGAGUGGGGUCUCAUCAUCUUUGUGAGUCUAUCUUUGCUUGACUGCCGAAAUGCAUGCUCUCAUACUGACCUGAUUCGCCAUGCGCGCUCCUUCUUGGAUCCACAGGACCUCUUGUUUGACGCUGCCAGCGUGUACGACCUCUCCCGCUUCGAAAUCCACAUUGUUGAAGCAUCCGAACCUCCAGCAGCUCACAGCGCUGCGCAAGGACCCGAGGGCAGACGUCUCCUCGACGGUGCCUGGAUUCGUGGCGGCAGAAAUCAGGCUAUUGCCUCCGGAGCUUGGUCGACGAUCCAGUCCGACUCCCAACCAGAUGGUCGACGAGCCACAUCUCAGGUCGAGAACGGAGAGGAUGGUGGCAGCGUUGAUGCUCUGCCUCGAAAGACGCCAUCCAGUCCGACGAGCCUCAGAGCUAUCGUUUCGCUGGUUUCGGACAGCUACCUUGUCAGUGUCUACAAUCUCGCCAUCGGUGGUCACGAGGCGCUGCUCAUUUCUCAAGUCAUCGGUCUUGGCCUCGCCCUUGCGAUUCCCACGCUGCGCUCCCGUGUCCGCCAAACGUCGCCGAGCGGUGCCACAACCGUUGGUCUCGUAUCGUCCCAAGCAAAAGCUUUUGGCUGGCUCUUGUCGCUCGCGGGUCAGGCGAGCUGGUUCGUCGCGGAUCCUUUGGCUCGACUAAUUGCAGUCGCAUCCUCCAACGCGCUGCUAGCUGUCUUGCUUGCUCUUGAGUGGGGCGCCGCCUGGGAGACGGAUCAAAUUGCUGUCAAAGUGGGAGUCUGGCUUAUCGGUCUGCUCGCUUCUAAUCUCGCCAAGUACGCCAAUCACAGCAACAAUCCCGCCUGGCCGUUUAUGGACUCGACUAAUGGCGGCCACAACGUCGUUCUACUCGCCUUCGCCAUCGUUGCUGUCGUAGAGACAGCUGUUCGUCCAAAAUAUACCCAUUUGCCGGUGGUCCAACGUCGUCAGGGGCGCCAGACUGCCGCGAUCGGCCCAGACAAGGAAGCACAAGCAAGGGACGAGGGGUCGGGCAGUUUCGCUGCUGCAUCGGUGGGUGUCGGCGCCUUGCUCUAUGCAUUACAUACGUUCCUGACCGACACGGGGACCAUGAUUGCCUGGGGCUGGACCGGCUACCCGGUCACAGGGCCUAUGGCCAUCCCUCAUGGCUGCAUCAUUCUUAUCACCAUGGCAUUCUCAUCGCUUGCCGCGACGCGCUGGACUUCUUUCGGGUAUCGCCUCAGUCUAUUCCUGGUGCAGUGCGGCUCGGCAGCCUUGCUCCACCUCACCGACGACUGGAGUAGCUUCGCCGGAGCAAUCGGACUCGCACUCAGCUUGCCACCUCUGGCGUUCCCUCUGAUCUCGGCGGCGAUGCGCCAUGACCCCAUCAAAGUGAUGCUGUUCGGCUGGCUCGUAGCCAAUGUGCUCACAUUCUUUGGCGUCUUGACCGUCGCCUAUGCUUUCGUGCCUGGAGGUAAAAUCAUGAGAGAAAGGACGGGUAUGAUGCUGGUAGUGCAACUCGUACUACUCGGCCUCGGCUUGGCCAAUGCUCGCAGUGUCGAUUCGAAACGCUUCACCUCGCAGCCUCGAGGCAAUGCAGCAUCGACAACGGAUUACUCCACGAACAAGACAGCCAAGGCGAAUGACGCCAGCAAGGCGGCUCAAUUUGGGUCGACAUACUACAUCUGCCUCCUUAUGGCGUUGAUCGGUCUUGCUGGAAACUUGGUGCCGCUCUAUCGCAUCGUUCCGGCCUCUGCCAUCGUGCCUCACCAUCCGGAUGAUCGCUUGGUGACGGCAGGGAUGUGGACAGUGCAUUUUGCGCUGGACCAGCACAUGCGCGACAGCUCGCGUCGGAUGGCGUCCAUCAUGAAGACGCUCGACAUGGACCUUUUUGGGCUGGUGGAGUCCGAUCUGCAUCGACCGGUGUUCGGUAACAGAGACCUUUCCCAAUACCUUGCCGAGGAGCUCAAGAUGUAUGCCGAUAUCGGUCCUUCUCCGAACAAGCAUACAUGGGGAGCAGCUCUUUUCUCGAAGUUUCCGAUCAUAAAUUCGACACAUCACCUGCUCCCUUCGCCCGGAGGCGAGCUCGCACCCGCCAUCCACGCCGUCAUUGACCUCUAUGGCACGCCCACGCACGUCAUUGUCUCGCACAACGGUCAAGAGGAGGAUCCGCUGGACCGCGAGCUGCAGACGACCGAGAUCGCGCGCAUCCUACGCGAAGCGUAUCCGCAUCCUGCUAUCUUCUUGGGCUACGUUGUCACCAAGCCGCACGACGAGCGUCCGGCACCGUACAAGAUCCUGUUCGAGGACGGCAAGAUGCAGGAUGUCGAGCCGACCGACUUUGGUAGGUGGUGCGAGUACUUGGGUCUGCGCGGCCUCGAGAGGAUAUCUUACGUCAGGGUGUCGAGGUACACAGUGACAGACACGGAGCUGCAGACGAUGAAGCUUGUGGUGCCCAAGGAGCCCAUCGAUCCGGACAAGAACGACUUUACACGCUUCGUGAUCGCCGAGACGUACCCUGAAUCUAUGCGAUAUCCAACGUCGCUUAUCGACCCGGACGCUUUUGUUUACGACAAGGUUGCAACGACGGCCGGAGCAGCUGUCAACGGCAGCGAACAAAAGCAAAAGCGCAAGCGCGGUACGGAAGAUGCUGAAGAGAGGGAAGGGACCUCAACGGUCAAGAAGUCAUCCGGGAGCAACGUAGAGAAUCCUCCCGACGAGUGGUCCAGCGAGGAACUGCACCACAUCACGACAGACAUGCCGCCAAAGAUUCGACAGAGAGGCAAGAAGCCCACCAAGGCUCGGAAGUUGCAACAAGAACAGGAACAACAGACGCACGACAACGGAGUUCAGCCAGCGGCUUCCCUGUCCUCAUCAACUUCGGCCAACCAGAUCCAAUCGCAGGCCGACUUCAUUCCCUUUGACAGCGGCAACGACGAUGCAGAAGGGCCUACAGCGCUUCAUAAUGGUGAUACCGAGGAAGACCAGCCGAACUGGGUGAGGUUGGGAGACAGGCCGAGCAAGGCUGAGCACGAGGCACCAUUCGGAUACGUCGAUGCUGAGCUUAAGGCAUACCUACGAGCUGGCUGGGAACGGGUGCUCGAGCUCGAGUCGCAAGGCUAUGCCGCCAAGUCGACUCUGACUGCGCUCGCUGCCGCAAGCUCUCCUUCUGCUUCCCAACACACCGGAGCUGGCCCCGACCACGAGGAGGAUGAGCUGGCCUUGCUGUUGCAAGCGACGCUCAAGGAGAUGGAUGGGAAGGAGCUUCUACUCACCACCGAUCCAGACACGUCGCUCAUCGUUGAGGCGAUCCUCCAUCGUCUGCCUGCCAAGCCGUUACGGGUCUUUGUCGAUCGUCUCGCCGGCAGCUUUGCGGUUCUGUCCAAACACCGCUUUGCCAGCCACGUCACACAAGCCUGCCUCGCCACCCUCCAGCCCGCCGUCACCCUCGAACAUGCCACACAUCAGCAUUUCCAGCAGCAUCAACAUCGUUCUUCAGGCUUGAACGGAAAAGCAGCCGCUUCAUCAUCAUAUGCAACCGACACGGCGACCAUCGUCAAUGAAGACGGCAUCCUGCGGAGCGCGACCCAGCUCAUCCUCGACCUUACCGAGGAGCUGUCUUCCGACCAGAGUCUGCUCACCUCUCUUGUUAACGACUCGUUUGGAUCGCACGUCCUUCGCUCUCUGCUGUGCGUCUUAACGGGUCGCAACAUUCAGACAGAUCCCUCUUCCUCGGCGCACGCAGCAGCAGCUUCUGAUCUGAGAUCGCGACGCAGUGCCAAGUUCCGAUCUCGCAAAGCACCAACGGCGCCCGGCAGCGCUGCAACGGCGGGAGCUGGUUCCUCUGAAGAUUUGCUCGUUGUCAUUCCUGAUCUUCUCUACAAUCGAGCUGCCGAUCUUCGGAAAGAGAUCCUCAACGAGGCCAGCGUCGAAGUCGUCCGAAGAUGGGCUACCGAUGCCGUGGCAUCCCCACUUUUGCAGCUUCUCAUCGAGACCGAAGCGGACUCCCUCGAUGCCGAGGCAGACGGUGAGUCGUGGAAGGGCACACUGGUCGACAGUCUUCUGAACGGCUUUGUGUCCUCCCCGCCUCAGGCCGUAGAAGGGGAAGGACACAAGAAGGACGUCUACCUCGAGACUUCCUUGCGCGACAGCGUGGCAUCACACGCCUUGCAGCUGGCUCUCGAGCGUGCACCCGCUUCGACAGCCUCGCGCUUCUUCGACAUCUACAUUCGCAGCCGCAUGGCCAAGCUCUGCGUACACCCGGCUGCCAACCACAUCGUAGCAGCCCUCUUGCGUCGACUUUCUGCAGCCGACUUGUCGCCAGCCGUCGCGGAAAUGACCAAGAUCGCGUCUGGCAUGGUCAAGGAACAGAUGGUGGGCUGCUUGCAAGCCACCGUCGAUCGUGUGGUCCAGCUGACGCAAGAAGAGAGCGAGAAGGAGGAUGUUAGAGACCUUGUCAAGGCGACGAGCGAGGUCGUGUUGGCAGCUUUCAGAUUCAAGUCCAAGUCUGCGGCAGAAGAAAGCGAAGAUAAUGAGGGCCUGAAGUUGCUCGUGCCGGCCGUGUUGGCGCUGAGGACGCGAAAGGCUUACUUGCAUACCUACGCUGCUCACAUCAAAAAGAGCGGCCAAGACGGCGAUCGCGAGAAGGAAGCCCGUGGGUCCAAGCGCGGACGCGAUGGAAAGACAAAGCACAGCAAGAAGAAGUACAGCAAGAAGAAGGACGCUGAAACGUCGGACAAGGAGGAAGAACUUUCGCCUUGGGCGAUGGACGCAUCAUACGAGCUGCCAGCUGCGGAAGCGACGACUCAGGGUAGUCUCCUCCUUCAAUCGCUCUUGCGACUUCCCGGACCUCCAGCGGUUGCACGUGCACCACCGAAACGCACAUUCGGCCGUCCCACACCCGCCGCCGCACCCGCAGCUCCCGCUGAAUCUUGGAGAAGCUCGCUCGUCCUCGACUCGCUGCUCUCUUUGCCCACACUCACGCCUUUCGCCCGCAACCCCACCGCCGUCCACAUCCUGAUCGCAUCCCUUACGGCUCCAUGCCACCCCGCUUCUUCACAUUUCGACUGGAUCCAAUCCGCACGUCGGCGCAAAUUCUCUUCCGCCCUCACCGCGUCGCUUCCUACCUUUUGCGGUGACAAGUACGGUUCACGUCUAGCCGAUACUCUUUGGUUCUCCGUUGACGGCUACUCCAAGGAGAAGAUCGUCAAGACGGUCAUCGAACAUUCGACCGAGAUUCUCAAACAACCUUAUGCUAGCUACUUUACGAACAAGUUGCAGCUGCAGCUGUAUAGGAAGGGCAAGCUGCGUGAGUGGAAUCAGGCUGUUCAGUCGGCGAGCAAGCCGGACAGCAGUGCAGUGGUGACUACGCAGGGCGGCGAUAGGAGACAUCGGGCGGUUGUGGUUGAGACAAAGAGGUAG